AUGUCGAGCGUGAGCGAUCGCAUCGCACUCAUAGAAAAGUGGGACUCCGAUCUCCUAAUGAGAGCGCACUUAUCCAUCUUACUGGAACCAACGUACGAGGCCAUCAUGGAGACAGAACGUGCCCUCGCACGAAUAAUCUUGCUCAAGAGUCGCAUCCGGAGAUUCACCCAGCUUCGCGAAUUCCUUGCUCCGAGGCGUGUCCACGAGCUCGAAGUCGCUCUAGCCCGGGAUCUCUUGCGCCGCAAAGUCCUUAUCUGGCAGAUAUUCCCGAUCAGAGAACUCCCCUCCGAAAUACUCACGGAAAUAUUUCGCUAUGUAGUCCGUUCCUUUGACAAUAUAUCCGACUCUAUGGUGCAGCGACAACGACUCACAUGGGUAUGCAGGCAAUUUCGGGAGGUGGCCUUGGCGGAUGGCCUGCUCUGGAACGUCGUGUGGUUCAAUGAUAAAGCGCCCUGGAACCGAUCGCUGAACUUCUUUUACCGGGCUGGUGUUGCGCCUUUGGACAUACGCAUCGACGAGAGGCCCAAAAAAACCGACGAUAUCGAGGAUCCACCCAGGUUCACUUUUGGGCAGAUGAAUUGGCUGCUUGACAUUUUGUUGCGGAAGAUGGCCACCAUUCGCACUCUUGUCAUCGCUGUUCAUGACGAACUUCCUGCCCUUGCCGUAUUGGAUAAAAUGAGAGCCGCGGGUCCCGCACCUCUCUUGGAACGAUUCGAACUAUAUCGUACUGGUCCUCCCUACAUGUGGACUAAGCCGCUCCGCGCCAGCGAGCUCCCCCGCCUAUGCGACCCCAUCGCAAUAUGCAAUGGAUACACUCCUAAGCUGAGAUGGCUCACCUUGGACGGUAUCGUGGUUGAUUGGGAACAUCUAUCCUUUGCGAAUUUAACGGUGAUCGACCUGAAGCGGAUGAACAUGCAGCUUUGCCCCAGUACUGAUACAUUCCGAGAAAUGCUGACGAAGUCCAAGCUCACCAAGCUCGUUUGCCACGCGGCAGGGCCGCGACCGGACGGCACGGAUCUGAGCAGGAUUAAACCGGUGUACUUGCCUCAUUUACAAGAGCUGCACAUGGGUGACAUGAACCUCCACUAUGCGUGUGUCGUGGUGGCUGGUUUCAAUGCUCCCCAGCUCAAGAGUCUAACACUCGCCAACUUCGUAGGGAGUGACUACUCGACAUUCUUCGCGUGGAUUCGCGAACGCUUUCCAGACAUUAAGCUGCUCGCACUCUAUUCGGUGAAUCUCGAGACAAAUCCGGAGAGUUUAGGCAAGACCGUCCGAUGGCUGGAUUCCCUUAGGAAGCUGCGCAUCCUGAAACUUGGCAAUAUGAGACCACUCUUAUUAGAGGCGCUGCUGGCAGACCCACGUGAACACCGUUUUAUCGACCCAGAGAAGCCGGAUUAUGCCCAGGAGCCGACCGCUGUUUGCCCCGCUUUAGAGAUCCUCAAGCUCCACUUCCAGACUCCCGUCACGAUGCAAGAAGUCGCCCCGAUGUUGAGGUUGCUAACCGGGCGGCGUGCUAUGGGAGCACCCAUCCGGAAGACAUACGUAAAUAAGGCCUUCGUUGAACUUAUCAAGGCAGAGCAGGUGGAAGCGCUUCGUGAUGUCACACAAGUAGAUGUUUAUGACAGUCAUUCCCUCACUCAAGAGGAAGCUGAUAUCAUUGGAUGUUCGGAUGAGGCUAUUCCUCGGGGUGCUCGUCUUCAGAUAAUGCAACAUUAA